CAAAUCAGGCCUUUGUUUGAAUCGUUAUAAUCCCACAAAAGUUCGUUUUUAUUUUAUAUUUCCUCUCCCGUUAUUCACGGGCUCAUCCUACUCAUAAAAAUUUUAAUUAAUAAAAAAAAGAAGCUCAAAAACAAAGAAGAAAAGAAAUUCCUUCUCAAAGCAAAAAAAUAAAAAUAGAAAUUUUAGAUCUAGAAACGAAUUUCUAUCGCCAUCAAUUCUUUGUGAGACAGGAUGAAUGAGCAAGCUAUACAAGAUAACAAUCCCUCUGCUCCAACAAUCCUUCCAGCAAAGCGAAGGCGUGGCCGCCCGCGCAAAGAUGGAGGUGUUGCUAAAAGAGGGAAUUUGCAGUCUCCAGUGAUGAUGACUCCUCCAGCACCCGAAAGCAUCAAGAAAGUUCAACAAAAUGCUGUUGAAGUGAACCAAAAAGAUGGCAUUAUUGGUGGUAACAAUGGUGUAGGACAGAUGGUUUCUGGUGUCGUUGAUGGUCGUUUUGAUGCAGGGUACUUCAUCACUGUGAGGGUAGGUAAUAGUGGCACCACGCUCCGUGGAUUAGUCUUCCAGCCGGGGAGAUUUGCUCCUAUUACACCUGCAAAUGAUGUUGCCCCAUCAGCUACAAUGUAUCGCAGAAGUCAAGUUGCUAGCCCACUCUUAAACCAGCUUCAGCAAGAGCAGCAGCCCAAUGCGACACCAGGACAAGUUUUUUCUUCUAAGCCAAUGUCAAAUGCUCCAUUUAUAACUAACAACAAUCAAUUUGCUCCCGUUAUGGCGCCUCAGCCUAGCACGGUUAUGGCAUCUAACGAGGCACAUGGCAACUCGAGUUCUCCCUCGGGUGAAAAACUCAUGCUGCAGAUGCCAAAUCAAGAUCAAAGAGUCCAAAUCCAAUCCCACCUUACCAUUCCGGAGGAAAAUCUUAAAAUGGUUGAACAGGAUGAAAUGAUGCAGGUGUUUGAAGUCCCGAACCAAUCACAUGGUACUAAAGCUAGUGAAGGAACAAGCAAUCAGGUAACUAAGGUUCAAAACCAACUCAUGGGCUCAACGUUUCAGUCUGACAUUCUUUUUCAUGGUAAUCACAACGGCUCGUCUGGUGAAAUUCAUCAUAAUCCUAUUGCAUCUAAGACUCAAGAGGCAUUAGACAACCAACCGAUUGAACCUGAAUCCAAGAAUGAUAAGCAACUGAAUCAUGACCAGUCGUUUAUGCAAACAUUACUUCAGCCCCGAGAGUUGGUUCACUUUGAAGCGAAGAAACUUGAGAUCCAUCAAGCUCCUACAAACGCUCAAACGCAACUCUACUCCCAAGAAUGGACUCAUGGUGGACAAGAAAACCAACAGAAUCAAUUCAACCAAAGUACUCUAUUUGCUGAACUCAACUCUAUCUCCCAAGAAACACAAGCUGCUGCAGAAACUCAAGUUCAGCCAAGCAAUGAAGUAAAAAGCACAUUUCUUGAACAGAAUUAUGUUCAGAUGACUCGAGCUCAGGAGGGUGAUAAUGAGAACCCGAAUCCUGGGAUCAACCAAGUGCUGGUUAGUGGUGAAACUCCAGCUUUGCCCAUAGAAUCAAUUAGGACUACUUCGAUGGAUUUCAUGAUGGAAAAUCUGAAUUAUCCAAAGUAUGAGGAACCACAAAAUACUCAUAUUGGACCUGAAGUUGAGUUAUCAAGAAAUGCUGAAACAUCAAAUGAAACUAAGGGCGCAAGUUAUACUCCUGGUGACAAACUUGUGUUAGACUCUCAAUUAGCAUCACAGCAAGAGGAGGCAAAAACUGAAAAUUCUGAUCAUUCAGCAAAACUUGAAACUCAGAACAAAAGGUGUGACGAUGGCAACAUCAACCUGGAGAUUUUUCACCAAGGCCAAUCUUGAAGCUGCUCAAAAAUUUAAGACAUUUUCUCUAUAAGCAGCUGGCAGUUUAGAACCUUAUCUUCAAGUUAGACUUUGGUUACUUUUUCUUUUUAUUUUGCAAGACUUUUCUGGAGUCAGUGAACCUUAAUCAUCCCAAUUAUAUGUGCUUUCCCCAUCAAUUUGGCAUGUUCCCUUUGCUAGCUGAUAGAGGCGGAACCAAGAUUUGAAGUUCAUGAGUUCUAAAUUUGUCACCCGAUCUAAAGCUUGUUUAGUUACUGAGUUCGCAAUUAAAUAUUUCUAUAUAUAAUAGAUUCCAUGAUUAUAAACAAAAGCUAGAGUUAGAUAGAAACAUGGUUCCAUGAUUAUAAAUUUACAAUAUAAGUAAGAGAACCGUGACACCUUUAUUAAGAAGGAUUUAGCUUAUAUACACUACAAUGUAAAGAACUUUUGUAUUAUUAGCAUAUCUGUCUCAUCGUACUGUUC